GAGAGAGGAGUAAAAAAAUUGUGAUUAUAAUUACAUUCGACUCAAAAAUGUUUUCUACUAAUGCAAGAAAAAACUUGAAUGCAUUCAUUCGGAAAAGCGUUUCUCUGCUAGAAAUUUGCACAAACGAGAGGUUGAUCAAUCACGGAAACGCCCUCCACUGCCAAUUAAUCAAAAUGGGACUCUCCUCCCACAAAUACAUCGCCGUAAAAUUACUGAUCAUGUAUCUAGACUCGAGGAAAUCCCUUGAGAUAAAUCAGAUGCUGAAGGGGUUCGAUGGCUUUAAUUUAGUCGUUCACAACUGUUUGAUCAAUGCAAACCUAAAAUGGGGCAAUGCGGCUGACGCGUGCCGCCUGUUCGACGAAAUGCCUGAGAGAAAUGAGGUUUCUUGGACCUCACUGAUUUCUGGAUUACUAAAACACGGGAAAGUGGAUGAAGCGAUCCAUUAUUUCAAGAGGAAUCCAUUUUCGGAUGUGUUUUCUUGGACUGCAACGAUUAGCGGGCUUGUAUAUAAUAGGCUGAGCUUUCGAGCAAUGAUGCUGUUUAGAGAAAUGCUUCGAUUUGGGGUUUUGCCUAAUGCAAUUACUUUUACUUCUGUGGUUAAGGCUUGUAUCGAGUUGCGGGAUUUGGGAUUGGCAAUGAGUGUUUUGGGGCUGAUUAUGAAGCUUGGUUUUGAGGGAAAUGUAUGUGUCUUGAAUUCUUUGGUUACUUUUUUUCUGCGGUUGGGCCACAUUGAUUCUGCGAGGAAGACAUUUGAUAGGAUUCAAGUGAAGGAUGUUGUUUCUUGGACGACGAUGCUGGAUAUGUACGUUGAGAUGGGCGAGUUGGUGGAAGCUCGUCGGGUGUUUGAUGAGAUGCCGGAGAGGAAUGAGGUUACUUGGAGCGCCAUGAUAGCGAGAUUGAGCCAGAGUGGCGAUGCAGUGGAGGCGGCAAGGCUGUUUCAGGAGAUGGUUCGUUGUGGUUUCAAGCCGAAUAUAUCUUGCUAUUCGAGUGUGAUCAGUGCAUUGGCCAGCCUGCAGGGUUUGGAAGGUGGGAAGAGCAUUCAUGGACAUGUGUUGAAGAGUGGUGUAGAUAUGAAUGUUUUCGUUGGUUGCUCUCUUAUAGACUUGUACUGCAAGUGUGGGAAUAGUAACGACGGGCGCUUGGUGUUUGAUGCGCUUCCACAGAAGAAUGUUGUCUGUUGGAACUCGAUGGUCUCUGGUUAUAGCUCCAAUGGCCGGAUUUCAGAAGCUGUGGAGCUGUUUAACCUUAUGCCUCAGAGGAAUAAUGUGUCGUGGAACUCGUUGAUUGCUGGCCAUCUAGUUGUUGAGGAUUUCGGUGAGGCCUUUGAAGUGUUCCAUCACAUGAUUUUGUGUGGAGAGCAGCCGAGUAAAUCCACUUUUUCGAGUGUGUUGAGGGCUUGCGCGAGCUUGGCCUCGUUGGAGAAGGGCAAGUAUGCACACGCGAAAGCUGUGAAACUUGGGUUUCAGCGUGAUCUCUUUGUUGACACCGCGCUCCUAGACAUGUACGCCAAGUCUGGAGAGAUCGGGAGUUCUGUGAAGAUCUUUAAUGGGAUGGAAAACAAGAACGAUGUAGUAUGGACAGCUAUGAUUCAAGGGCUUGCUGAGAAUGGAUUUGCAGAGGAAUCACUGCAACGGUUUGAGGAAAUGGAAUCCGUUGCCCCAAACGAGCUCAUUCUUUUGUCAGUGUUGUUUGCUUGCUCUCAUUGUGGUUUAGUUGAUAAAGGGCUUGCUUACUUCAACUCAAUGGAGAGGGUUUACGGCAUCAGGCCGAAUCAGAGGCACUACACGUGCGUGGUGGACAUGCUGUCUCGAGCAGGGCGUCUAUGUGAGGCGGAGAAGUUCAUAACGAGUAUGCCAAUGCCAUGUGAAGCUGAGGCGAAUGCGUGGUCCGCUCUACUCAGUGGCUGUAAAACAUACGGGGACGAGGAGUUGGGGGCAAGGGCGUCUGAGAAGCUCUCGGAGCUUGCUGAGGCGAAGCCUGGAGCGUAUGUCCUCCUGUCGAACAGCUAUGCUUCAGGAGGGCGAUGGGUUGAUGCGAUGAACACGAGAAACAUGAUGAGCCGGAAAGGGAUCAAGAAGAGCGGAGGUUGCAGUUGGAUCGAGCUCAGAAAUCGAGUGCAUGUGUUCUAUUCUCAGGAUGAGACUCAUACUCAAUGGACACAAAUGCAGUGGAUUUUGCAGCUGUUGAAUACUGAAAGACAAUCAUAUCUGGCUUGAAAAAUCUGGUCAUUUUCUUGGUUAACUCCAACCCUAUGUAUGUGCUUGUGUAAAAGAUGAUUGGAAAAACACAUACAUCUAUAUGGAGGGAAAUGAAGCUAUUAUUUGUGAAUCAAGAAGAUGGACAGAGAUCAGUGUGACUUUGGACAUCUUUUUGUGGAGCUAGCUUGGCUGCGGCUAGUUUUUAUCUAGAGUUCCUAACAACUCACAGAUGGCAUAAUGACGUGGAACGGGGGUCAUUUUAUUGGGUGAAGUGGCCAAUUUUAUUUUAUUUUUGGAAAAACAUAGAUAAAUUUUAUUGUUCCAUCCCAAUAAUAUGACUCGUUUAUCGAUCUUAAUAGAAGUCAGUAAUGACAAUUUUCAUA